UGGCAAGGCGCGGCGGUGGUUUUUGAACGUCGGGGAGGGGUGCCAACGGCUGGGACGCGCUCGCGGGGACGGCCUGCCGCCCCUUCCUCUCCCUUGAGGCCGAGCGGGCGGGUGGCGGCUGCUGCCGGGAUCAGGCCUAGCCGAGGCUCUGCGGGGGACGGCGGCUGGCGGGCAAACGGCCGCGGUGCCGCCUCCGUCCGGGGCUCGGGCAGCCGCGGCCGCGCGUGGGAGGUGCCCGGCGGUGUAUGCUCCUUCCUGAGGAGGUAGAAGAUGGCUGAAUGCUUGAAAAAGCCCUUCAAAGACAGUCUGAGUGACAUAAAAGAACGAAUGAAAGAGAAAAGAAAUCAGAAAUGGAUGAAGUUGGGUAAAAUUAGCCAGGUCUCUGCUGUAAAGUGCAAAAAAGCAACCAACAGCGCCAUGCAAAUGAAGAGCAUCCAAGCAAACAACAAAGCUCUAGCUCAGGCUUUGCAAGAAGAAAAGAUCAAACUGAGGGAUGCCCAGGCUACCAUUCUUCAUUUAAGGAAAGACUACCAGGAUCUGAAGGUUCAGAUGUUUGACUUGCAAAGAAAUCUUGGGUUCAAGCAGGCACAAGGACUUGUUGAGAAUCGGCUGUCAGCCUUGAAUGAGAUAAUUUCAAAAGUUUCUCAGAAUUUACUUGACUCAAUUGAUCUCCUUGGUCCAGUAAAGAACUUGUGUUCCACAGGUGUCAAUCAUACAGUGUUUUCUUCAGUUCUUGAAAAUAGUUCCAGUGUCGUACGACAAAUACGUUCAGUAGGACUUCUACAGUGUGCUGAUGGAUAUGAUCAAGUACUUCCAAGUGGGAUGGAGGCUGAUAGUGAUAGAAAUGAGCUGGCUCAUUCUGUGUCGGAGAUCUGUGAGGAAUCUGACAAUGCCAUUUCCCUGAUCAAAAUAGUUCCAGACAAAGGACGAACAUCUGAUUUUCAUGUGGACGACAUAGGGUCAGAGCUGGAAAAUGUUUCCUCAAGGGGAGAGGAUGGAUUUGGUAAUGCAUUACCAAAAAGUGUGUCCAGCAGGCGUCGCUAUUCAAAGAUGAGAAAUCAUGUUGAACUUUGCACUGGUGUCUUGGACUAUUCAGAAGCACCUGAUUCAACAAAAGGGCUUUCUAAAGAGCAUGAGAUUAGACUUGAGGAAAGUCUAGAGAAGUGUACUGUAGAAAACAUAAAUUCAGAUAUUUCUCGGUUGAAUGAAAAUGAGGUAGGUUCAGAGCUGGUGUUGAGGCAGGUGGAUUCUGAAACUACACAGUUCAACUUAAACAAUAAUUCUGAUCUUAAACAACAUGAAUGUGCAAACAAUAAUUCUGAUCUUAAACAACGUGCUUGUAAAAGCGGAGAAGACUCUCAAGUAAGGAAAGAGAAGCAUCAGAAGGGAAAACUGGAAUGGCCUAAAAAUACUUCCAGACAAAGACCGAAAAAAAGACAGAGUAAAGAGGCUUCCAAAGAAAAGUCGGAUUUUUUGGGUGGCUCCAGUGAUGCUUAUGACUUUCAUUCUGAAGAGCGUGUCCAUGUUACACCUUUUAAACAAAAUAAGGUGAAUGAUGCAGAUACUGGUGUGGAUGACAAAGAUGACUUAUCUGACACUAGCACCAUCAAGUCGAGUGAUACUGAAGAAGACUCGGAUGACAGCCUCUAUGAACCUUUCCAGAGUAAAUCAAAAAAAAGGAAAAGUUCGGUGGGCAAGAUGGAUACAUCGCCAGUCCAUGCAAGGCCAAGGUCUAAAAGAUGUUUGGCACUGCGCGAGCAGAAACUCCAUAAUGAAAAACAGGCUGAAAGCAAUAAAUCAAGUGACAAGUACAUUAGGCAGCCUUCUGAGCCAUCUCGUCGUCAUCUUUGUGAUGUUACCAAUACAGCUUCAUUGCUCCCCGGCACUGGGAAUGCAACUGUUGUCCCAGAAGGUGAAGGACUGCCAUCUCCAAAACGCAAGCGAAGCUGUACUCUUACUGUGAGCUAUAAAGAACCAAGUAUUGCAGGGAAACUCAGGAGAGGAGAUCCUUUUACAGAUACAAACUUUCUGAAUUCUCCAAUUUUCAAGCAGAAAAAAGAUACUAAACGCUCUUCUAUUAAGCGAGAAUCUCUGUCAAAAUACAAUGAGAAAUUUGUUGGUUGUCAUUGAGAUUUCUCCAUGAAGAAAGAAUCUUUCAUCCAGGAAAUUACUGCUGCACAAAUUCCAACACCAAUAUGCGGCUAUUUCUGUAUGUCUAAUAUUAAGGAUGUAAAAUUAAGGGGGUUUGGUUUUAAUCCAGUGGCUCUUUUUAAUGAUAUAGAAGACACAAGACAACUCCUAUAACUAAGGUGAUUCCAUUCAAACUCUUUUGAGAAGAGGCACCCCUAUAUCAUGACUUAUACCCCGCUUGAUCCCGCAGCGGUUGGCAAAGGUGAACUUUAGGCACUUAAGAUCAAAUGUUUUUGUGGUUUUUUUUAAUGUUUGUACAGACCUUGUUUAUGUAAUGGUUGUAGUUUCAUAUUGAAGCUCAUAAUAAAUGUCUUAAGUGUUCAGAAACA